CGAUCGCGUCCGCGUGCCGUCCCGAGCAGACGAGAAGCCCGCCCUGACGCCGUGUACCUGACUGUCGCCUCCUUCUCGCACACAGCACGCGACUGCUGCUCUGGGCUCUGUGUCAUCAGCUUCGUGUGAUGAGCUCUCGUUCGCUUGGCGUACCCUAGCGUAGAUGCUGAACAAAAUGGCAACACACGGCUUGCUGCACGCUGCUUCUCAGGACAUCAUCCUGCUGGGAAUUUCCCUCUUCCUUUUUGUCGGAAAUAGCUAUGGCCUGUACUGCACUCAGUGCAACACGUACUUCAAAGGUAUCAGGAACACGUGCGACAGCCCCGCCAACCUGACGGACUGCGUUGGCUGUCUCAAGGUCGUCACCAACGUCGCUAUGCACGACGGCUGGCUGCUCAGGCGAACAUCUCACGUGGAAUCUAAAUAUUGCAUACUAGGAACUGCUAACCCUGCAUUAAGAGACGAAGGCUGUUAUUACCAAGUCAACAACGGGGGCUACACCGAGCGGUGUUUCUGCUACAGUGACAAUUGCAACUCGGGACAACCCCCGCUUGCUCGACUGACGGAGGUGUUCGCAGUUCUUGCCCUUGGAUUGACCGCUUUUUUUUCUACUUCCAUGAUGUGCUUCAGAUAAAGUCGCAGGAAUUAUACGGUGGAUCUGUUCUCAGAAAUUAUAUUUUUGUGUCCAGAUGAAACAGCUUUUUUUUUUAAAAAAAGCUGCUCCUUUUCGCCGGCUUUAUAUUGGAUGUAGUGAGUGAUAUUAGCUGUAAAUAAGAUGUAUUGCACGUCUUGGAGGAAUGUGUGGAAGAUGUGUGGUGUAGGUCAGUUCACAGACUUCAAAAUUUUUAAAAAAAAUGAACAAAAGCUAACAAACCGGGAAGAACAAACAAUUCUGUGUGUCAUCAUUCCAGUUUUAGCUGAAAUCCAUGUGCCUGGGAGGAUUACAUCAAGUAACAGAUUAAAUUUUACUACUUCUUUUGGAAAUAUUCUUUAUACAGGCUCAUUUCACAUUCCUACCUGUGAGUAUGUGAGAGAGCUACAACAGUGAGUGCAUUACUAUGUUGGUUAAAUGGCAAUUUUCAUGUCAAGCAUUUUCCCAUAUCCAUUUAAAAGGCUUGACAGGUGUGUGAAAGGUUUUGAGUUUGAGCAAGGGAAUAACUCCAUGCAAAGAAUCAUAUCAUUGUAUAGAUAAACUUUUAACAGCGAUUGAUUAGUAUUGAUUGAUAUGGUAUAUAAAAAAAGACUGGUAACUUUUUGUAUUUGGUCAAUUGACAUUUAAUAGAAAUAGUAGCCAAUGUGAUGACCUGAAAAUCUCUGGCCAUUCUCAGAAAGGGCAGAGUUCACAGACGGAUUAACUGCUGAAGUAAAGCAUUUGCAAGUAGGCUGCUGUGAACAGCCAUACAAAAAAUGCUGACUUAUCAUCCCAUUAUAUAUACAAAAAUAAACUUUUGCACUGAAAGAUGCACAUACUUUCUAAACACCAGCAAGUGAAUAGUGAUUUUAUCAUCUUGUCUUCUUUCACAAUAACAAGCCAAGAACAAAAUUCUUCACUUAAAAAAAAAAGUGUUAAUGUGAUUGGAAAAUUUACUUAAAGACAGUUAUGGUAAAUGGUAAUCAAAAUUACUACUUGAAAGAUUAUAGUCUUUAGGGGAAGGUGUUGCCUACAAGAUAAGAGUUGGCAACAUCUUUUCUCUCAGUCUAGAUUAACGUUUGUUUAUUCCUUGUUACUCCUCGAGAAGCAUAAAGCCGCAACAACACCUCGCCAGCAGACCCAGUUUUGGGCAGCCCCCCUCAGUUGGGCCUAUGUGGUUCCGACAUCCUUUGCCUCGGUCUCUGCUGUUCCAGUCUAGAUUAAUGUAUGGUCUAAAAGGCCAGAAAAUGUUGAUUUGUUAGCCAAUUAGGAAAGGGAAAAAAGCACAUUUAAUACUGUUUACGUUAGUGUAUCUGGUUUAACUAAACAUUAUUGUACAAGACAUUAACGAAAUCAAAAGAUGGGUUUGUUCAUGGCACUAACCCAAUAUACAUUUUGAUAAAAUUUUCCUUGAGAAACUGUUAAUUCACUGUUGAUCAUCCAGCACGAUCACUUUUUACUUCCUGCACCAUUCAUCAGCAUAAGAAAAGAAAAAGAAAGAUAUUAAUGUGUAGAACACAUUCUCAUAUGCAGUAGUGUGGCUUGUCUGAGCCAUCCUACAUAUAAUUUACAUGUAAUUUUUGUCACAGAUUUCAAAUGACUUUGUUGAACUAAGCUGCUAAAUCAGUAACUUUUGCAUAUCUUAAUCCAUGAUAGAUGCUAUUCUACUGAAUUUGACAUUUUUUGGCUUUUAUUCUGUUGAUUUUGCGCCCUUGCAUACUUUCAGUAGACAUCUAUCUACCGUUAUAUCAUUUUCUGCUGAAGAUUAUCACAGUGUUUCAACAGUCUUUCUUUUUCACUGAAACUAAAACGUUUGGUUUUCCGACUCAUGAACAGUUGAAACAACUUGCUGAAUUUGUCCUGGUUCUCUUCCAGCAGCUUGUGAUCACACUUUGGGCUUUCCAACAGGCAUUCUGCAGGUGACCCAAUGAGCAGCAAAAAAAAAAAAAAAACAAAAAAAACAAAAACAAAACAAAAACAAAAAAGGCUUUACCUAUUAAUUCUUCUGUAGACCUGUGGUGUAGAUGGGCAUUUUCUGCCUGGAUUUCAGUUUUUAAAGUGAACUGUGCAUGCUGGGAACAGCUGGCUACAUAAGUUUCAUCUCAUAUGCAUUCUAUCUUUGAUGUAUGUGUCCCUGUCUGUAUGUCUUUUUUUCUGUAAAGCGCAGUGAGCCUGCCCAUAGGACUGGGAUAUGGUGCUGUAUAAGUUCACUUUAUUAUUACUAUUAUUGAUCUGUCCUAAUAAAUGUAAAUACUUUAGAGUAGAUGACAGUAUUGUUAAUUUCAGAAAAACAUAUGGCAGUAGUAGUUCACAUUGUAAUAGUUAUGAUGUCAGCUCUUUAAAAAUCAUGAGAUAUGAACUACUCCUAAUUAGAAAAGUCUCUUAGGCUUUUUUUGUCAAAAAGGUUAUCACUUUACUGGGAUCCUAGAAAUGUGUAAAUAUUCCAGUUAUGCCAGCAGCAAAAAGGUGUGUUUGCAUAGCCCACGUUCAUUUUAGCAUGUUAGUAUAUUUAUGUGCAAAACAUUUAUUUGCUUGCCAUGAUAAACAUACAGUUGUGUUUUUUGGACAUGGGAAUCUCUUGUUUUUUCUUAAAAAGCAUCAAUGACAUUUAUGUGACAUGAGUACCAUGUAUAUUAUUUCAUAAUUUGGAAAACAUUCCACGUGUCUUCUGGCAGCAUAUAAAGUUUCCAAUGCCCACAUAAUCUGAUGUACCUAUGCACUAUGUUUCACUCUCAUCUAUAUAUUUGAAAUGAAUCACACAGUGAUUCAUAUGUAUAAUUAAUUUUUAAUUUCAUUUUUAAAUGUCUCCAGUGAAUCCACACUUACUACAUUAAAAUUAUAUUCAUUAAAAUUUAAUUCAACAUUU